CGCUUCGUUUCGUGGUGCGAGUAUACAGGUCUCUUCUGCCAACGUUCAGGGAUUCACAGAGAUUCCGAAUUUAUCCCCCGUCAGGUUCGCGUCCAGUCACUAGGAAGUGUGUCAGUUCUGUUAGCCGGUGCUUUGAUAUUGGGUGCGUGUGCUUUGGCAGUUCGUUGUGGAAUCUGGUGAUUGCUAGAACGUGGCAGUGCGUCCCAUCCAUCCAUCCAUCCAGUGUGUAACGGAUUAAAUUCGGAGAAAUUUACCAGCGAAGCAGCUCUGACAGUCCUCGAUUCAGACAAAGGUGCAGAGGAAGUUUCGAAGGUACAAAAACAAUGGCCGCAAUUUCCGAAUUCCGCAAGAAGAAGCUGCUGUAUGUGUUCCACGUGUUUUUCGAUAUCAACCAGAGCGGAGAAAUCGAUCGCAAAGACUUCGAGCUGGCAAUUAAGAAAAUCUGUGACCUGCGCGGCUGGUCGGAGGGCCACUCCAAGUACAAGGAAACCCACGAUGCGAUGUUCAAAAUCUGGGACGGUCUGCGAACGAAGGCCGACAAGGAUAACGAUGGACAGGUCUCGGUGGAGGAAUGGUGCACAAUGUGGGAUGCGUACGCUCGGAACCAAAAUGCCGUCCUCGACUGGCAAGUGAGAUACAUGAACUUCAUGUUCGAUUUGGAGGAUGCAUCGAACGAUGGCACAAUCGAUUCGGAGGAGUUCUCCACCGUUUAUUCCAGCUACGGUGUCGAUAAGAAGGAAUGUUUGGAAGCGUUCAAAAAGAUGUCCAAGGGUGCUGGCGAGGUGAGCCGGGAUCAAUUCGCGCUGUUGUGGUGCGAGUACUUCUCCUCGGACGAGCCGACUGCCCCAGGAAACUUCAUCUUCGGCAAGACCACCUUCUAACGUGGUGGCAGCGGCGUUGCUCACCUGAACUCAUCGAAAUUCCAAUCAAAAAAUGAUCUUAAAAGUAAACGUUAUUGUGUACACGAAAAUCAAGAAUGUAACGAACAACAUGAAAACACCCCAUCAAAGCGGAACAUUUGUGAAGAAGGGAAUAUAUUUGAAUGGAAUCGUAGAAGGAGAAAAAAUGCUGCUAGGAACUCCCCGUUUCCCGCCAACUCAAACCUUCCCCGGUACGAGAGUCUAGCAUGCAUACAAUGUACUAUCGGUAGAUUAAUCUUCUCGUUGUUCUGAUUUUUUCGUUCGUUUCCAUUUCCAUUCAAUACUAGUGAAGCAUAAAUUUCAAAGAAAUUAUCGAUGGUAAACUAUUCUCAAACUGUCUUUCGGAUGAAUAAUAAGAGUAAAAUAAAAUAAAUCAAAUAUCGAUAAAUAA